CAAAUCAGCUGCUGGGAAGCUGAAGGUGUUUAUUUCUAAAUUAGCUUGAUGGCUAAAGUCGUCCGUCAUUAGGGUGUUAUUUACACUGCUGUAGUUGUUUCUGGAAACAGUUUAACUGCUGCUAUUUAGAAAUCAGUUACAAACUGUAAAGAUGAAGUCUGUGUUUCUUCUCGAGGCUUUCUCUGUGGCUUGUUUUGUGCUUUUAAACCAAGUGACAGCGAAGAAUUCUGAAGACAUCCGUUGUAAAUGCAUCUGUCCGCCCUACAGAGAGUUCAAGGGGCAAAUCUACAAACAAAAUGUCUCUCUCAAAGACUGUAACUGUCUCCAUGUCGUUGAACCCAUGCCGGUUGAAGGAAAAGAUGUGGAGGCGUACUGUUUACGAUGCGAGUGUAAAUAUGAAGAGAGGAGCUCAGGGACUAUUAAGUUCACCAUCAUAAUGUACCUCUCCAUUUUGGGCCUGCUGCUGCUCUACAUGGUCUACCUGACUCUCCUGGAGCCCAUAUUGAAGAGGCGCCUGUUUGGACAUUCCCAGCUUAUCCAAAGUGAUGAUGAUGUUGGGGACCAGCAGCCUUUUGCCAACGCUCACAAUGUUCUGUCCCAGUCACACUCUCGACCCAACAUGCUGAACAAAGUGGAGCAUGCCCAGCAGCGCUGGAGGAGGCAGGUCCAGGAACAGAGGAAGUCUGUGUUCGACCGCCAUGUUGUUCUCAGUUAAACUGCCCUGCGAUCGCAAGUUACUGGUGGGAGCAAAAAAAACAAAACAAAACACUGUGACAGAGCCCUCAAUUUGUAUCGCUUCCUCCCUCUCAUUUGUGGUUUGUAUCUCAUUAAGUGUGACACUUCCAAGGUGAACAUGGUGAAAUAAUCUGGAUAUGUAGAGCAGAAUUCCCCGUCAAAUGUAUAAUCAAAGCUGGGAACUCUUAUUUAGUCUGCAGGCAGCACAAGAGAUAACAGUCAAUUCAUUUUUGCACAAUCUUGAAUGAAUUUAAAAAGCAGAAUUUACUCUCUGCUGGCUGUCUAGUUUGCAGAAGUGCCAAGUCACCAGAUAAUUUGCAGUGAAGAAUUUGAUUUCAGACACUUAAUAAAUGUGGGAUAAAAAUAAAUCUUUCACGUGAAUAUUUUACAACAUUCUCUAAUUAUUUCAGUCCAAAGCUGACCAGUCUUUCACAUUUACAAGCCAAACUGGCUUUCAGAGUAAAACAUCCAGAUGUAACUGGAGCAGGCUCCUGGCUGCAGUGAUGAUCUGUUAACAUGUAGCUUCUACCCCAAAACUAAUAUAACGUGAAACUACUGCUCUCACCACAGGAGGAAAGGAAAAGGUGUACAAUAUAUAAAUCUUUCAGCCUUCUUUGAAAAUGCAUGUUUUAUAAUGAAUCUUUUAUAAAUGUGUUUUGAAUCCUUCAUUCCUUCAUGUCUAAUGUCUGAUAACUGGAGUGAAAUCCAUCAUUUAAUGCAUUACAUUACAUCUUUCAAAAAUAGUUUCACUGAACUCUGUUGCAGAAAUCGAUGCAAUGUCUUGGUGAUGUCAUAGUUAUCGUAGCUGUGCUAUUGAUCCUCGUCUGUUGAAGACCCUCUUGAAAUCAGUGCCCUCUUUAACUACCUUAACAAAUCUAAUGAAUAGUCUUUUACUUUGGCACUUUGAUGUGUUGGUCUACCAUCAGAAGGUCCUUGUUGUCUAUCAGGCAGCAUUAGUAUGACAGAGUGGUGUUAUUCUGAGUGCAAAUAAGUUUAUUUUGUGUAUAGUUGGGCUGUGUACGGACCUAUGAAAGUGUUCUUAACUAUUGUCUAUGUUAUACCUUUUAACUUUGAAAAUAAAUCAAUGUAAUAUUUGU